AUGUCGGCCACUUCUGAUGUAUCUGACUGUUUGGACUUGAUUAAAGAAACGAUUGAAGAAGACCAGGCACACACACACGUAAUCGUUGUGUUUGGAGCCUCAGUAAGUUGUAAUAUUCGUCCAAAAACAUUGUUUCUUCAAGGACUUCUUAUAGGUGGCUAUUUCGUGAUGUCUGCUACCAGCAAAGACAUUCGUUAUUGGAUACGCCCGUUCUCCCCUGUCCGUAGUCAAGAUCAGGAUUCAUUCAGAGCCAUACAUGAAGCAAAGACAUACGUUAUUGGAUACGCCCGUUCUCCCCUGUCCGUAGUCAAGAUCAGGAUUCAUUCAGAGCCAUACAUGAAGGUACUGCCGGAUAACCUAGAACUGUUUGAAAACUUUUGGUCCCGCAACUACUACAUUCAAGGAGACUACUCUGAUUCUGCAGGAUUUCAAGAACUCAACCGAUUUAUCGAGACCAACUGGGGCAAACAUGUGAAUAGGGUCUUCUACCUUGCUGUUCCUCCAACCGUCUACAUGCCUAUCACUUCGAAUAUUCACAAGUGUUGUAUGUCUGAAAGCCCAGCAGUUUGGACACGUCUGAUUAUCGAAAAACCAUUUGGACAUGAUCUUUCUUCUUCCAACGCUCUUUCGGCACAUCUUGCAGAGCGCUUCACGGAAUCUCAAAUCUACAGAAUCGAUCACUAUCUGGGCAAGGAAAUGGUUCAAAAUCUGAUAAUGCUACGCUUCUCAAAUCACAUCCUUAACUCGCUGUGGAAUUGCGACCAUAUUGACAAUGUCACAAUCAGUUUCAAAGAACCUUUUGGUACUGAAGGUCGCGGUGGCUACUUUGAUCAGUUUGGUAUUAUUCGUGACGUUGUGCAGAAUCACUUGAUGCAGAUACUCUCAUUAAUCGCAAUGGAACAACCAAAAUCGCUUGGAGCUGAUGAUAUUCGUAAUGAGAAGGUUAAGGCGUUGCGCAGCGUUCAGCCCGUUUCACUUAAUGAUGUGGUGGUUGGUCAGUACGUUGCCGAUCCCAAAGCAACCGAGCCACCGGCCUCUCUUGGUUACACAGACGAUCCCACUGUCCCCAACGAUUCGACCACACCUACCUAUGUGUGUAUGCUUCUCCGAUUGAAUACCGAACGUUGGCGGAACGUGCCGUUUGUGCUGCGCGCAGGAAAAGCUUUGAACGAACGCAAAGCCGAAGUGCGAAUCCAAUUCAAAGACCUAUCAUUGAUGUUAUUCGGGUCUGAUCCCACACCACGCAACGAACUUGUUAUUCGGGUUCAACCUGAUGAGGCAGUUUACAUGAAGCUGAACACCAAAUCUCCGGGUAUGAAGUUCCACACGGAGGAGACUGAACUCGACCUGACUUAUUCCAAACGUUAUCAGCACGUAAAACUACCGGAUGCUUACGAACGGCUGUUACUGGACGUAUUUUGCGGAAUUCAGACGAACUUCGUGCGAAACGACGAACUGGAAGAAGCCUGGCGUAUUCUAACGCCAGUUCUUGAGCAGCUGGAGAAGAAUUGCGUCAAGCCCCUACCUUAUAUCUAUGGCAGCCGUGAUGGACCGGAUGCGGGCAGUCUGCUGCGCAAGCGGGCUGGCUACCGAUACUCUGGCACUUAUUCGUGGUCCUCCGAUACUCAUAAUAAAACACCAAAAUAGGGCAAUGUGAAAUUGUCUAACCUACGGAAUAUCUCGUUGAACGCUCUCACAUUCCCACAACCUGAUUCAUUUCCGCACACUUUGGUUGCUUUAACCACUUGCUCUAAACAAUUUUAUACAUUACACUGGCGGGUGGCUCCCUAUUCGUGUUCGAAAUAUUUUUUAUUUAUCAUGAUUCUCUUGACAUGUAUUUUGUUCAAAAGUUUGGUCUUUUCAUUGUAGCAAUAAAUUAGC